ACAGCCGGGUAAAUCUUUUGUCCACACACCAUUUUUCAAUGUUUGGAACACCGAAUCAAGUACUACUAACUCUAUAUAAUAUCACCUUUACUUACACUACACAACCCCAAAAUGGUAACAAUUGGUAAUGCUCAUGAUGAUAUAAUUCAUGACGCUGUAUUGGAUUAUUAUGGUAAAAGAUUGGCUACUAGUUCAUCAGAUAAAACCAUAAAGAUCUUUGAAAUUGAAGGAACUGAAAAUUAUAAGUUACUUACAACUUUACAAGGUCAUGAAGGUCCAGUAUGGCAAGUUUCAUGGGCUCAUCCUAAAUUUGGAUCUAUUUUAGCAUCAUGUUCUUAUGAUGGUAAAGCUCUUAUUUGGAAAGAACAACCAGAAACUCAACAAUGGUCAAUAAUUGCUGAACAUAAUGUUCAUCAAGCAAGUGUAAAUUCUGUAUCUUGGGCUCCUCAUGAAUUAGGUGCAGUUUUAUUAUGUACAUCAUCAGAUGGUAAAGUUUCUGUAGUUGAUUUUAAUGAUGAUGGUACAACAUCUCAUGUUAUAUUUGAUGCUCAUGCUAUAGGAGUUAAUUCUGCAUCUUGGGCUCCAAUAACUAGUACAUCUUCAAAUACUAAAGAUUUAAAUACUUUAAAACAACAACGUAAAUUUGUAACUUGUGGUUCUGAUAAUUUAGCUAAAAUUUGGAAAUAUGAUCCAAUUAAUAAUACUUAUAUUGAAGAAUCAAGAUUAGAAGGUCAUACUGAUUGGGUUCGUGAUGUUGCUUGGUCUCCAUCAAUUUUAAUUCGUUCAUAUAUUGCAACUGCAUCUCAAGAUCGUACUGUAUUAAUUUGGACUCAAGAUAAAAGUGGUCAAUGGAAGAAACAACUUUUAACUGAAGAAAAAUUCCCUGAUGUAUGUUGGAGAUGUUCUUGGUCAUUAUCAGGAAAUAUAUUGGCAGUAUCUGGUGGUGAUAAUAAAGUAAGCUUAUGGAAAGAAAAUUUACAAGGAAAAUGGGAAUCUGCUGGUGAAGUAGAUCAAUAAAUUUGAUUUAUGUAACGUUAAUUUAUCUGUAAACUAAUCUAAAGUAAUCUAAUAAAGAAUAAAAUGAAUAAAAUAAAAUAAAAUAUAAUAUAAUAAAGUAUAAUUAAUUAAUUAAAUAAUCUUACAAUUCAUUGACUGUAGCUUGAAUGAUUUUUUGAACGUC